GUAAAAUUUCAAAAAAGUGAAUCAUUAUCGUAACAGAUCUCAAGUUAAAUUCAAGUUGUGUUUUCAAUUUAAUCAUUUUAAAUAAGUAAUAAUGAUUAAAGUGUAAUUAUUUGCAAAUUAAUUCGUUCGUUUAUACAAUAAAAAAUAUCCUCAGAACUGAAAAAAGUUAUAUAUUAUAUAAUUAGAAGAUAUUCUUUUUAAAUUUCUAUUCGAAAUUUCGGGUAAAAAUUUUGUGAGAUGGAUAUGAUAAUUUUUUGAUUUGUUAAUUUUAUUAGUAGAACAAAAAUGAAACGACCUAAAAUCUUUUUCAUAUUGAAACUCGUAUAUGCUACGAGUUUAAUGAGUGUUCAAAUAUUUAUUGGUAGCUCUAUUUUUAUAUAUUCGUCGAUAAUUUUGACACAACUAAAAGAUUCAUCAUCCGAUAUAAAGUUGAACGAUGAACAGGCAUCUUGGAUAGCUAGUAUACCAAACUUGAUGUGUCCGAUUGGUUUAAUAGUAAGUGGAAUGUUGACAAGCAUACUCGGAAGAAAAAAAGUUUUACAGUAUUCGUACAUACCAAUGAUUAUAGGAUGGUUAUUACUGUAUUUUGCCAAGGAUUUUUACUACAUUUUAAUUGCAAGAAUCGUAUUAGGUCUUGCAUAUGGUUCGGGUAUAGUGACAUUCAUAUAUACUGCUGAAGUCUGUCCCACAGCCCAAAGGCCAUUGUUUUUAGCCUUAAUCAGUGUUUUUACCGGGUUUAGUAUGUUCAAUAUAUCAUUUUUGGGUAUGUACUAUGAUUGGAAAAUUAUAGCCGCGAUUUAUGGCGUACUCAGCGUUUGCGGAGCAUUAGGCCUGUUUACCAUACCAGAACCUCCAAAGUGGCUCAGAUCGCGUAAUCGUAAUGAUGAAGCUAUUCAGGCAGAAAAAUGGUUUGGCGUAGAUUCUAUUCCGGUAAAUGAUGAUUCUGAGGAAAUAGAUACUCAACCAGUUAAAUCCGUCAAAUUGUUGGCUUGGUCCACAUACACUGCUCCCAAUGUAUGGAAACCUACAUCUCAUGUUAUAUUAUUUUUAAUAAUACAGCAGUGGUCUGGUAUUUAUGUGUUGCUGGCAUAUUCAGUAGAUGUGCUCCGGAAUUGCGGCGUCCAUAAAGAUGGCAUCACCGUCACAAUGUAUCUUUCAUUUGCGCGAAUAACUGGCAGUAUAACAUUUUUUCUUUUAUCAGGAGUUAAACGGAGGACGCUUACAAUCAUAUCAGGUUUGGGAAUGUUUGUAGGGCUGUCUUUGGUCCUUGGCUACUUACAUUUGUUGCAAAACGUUUCUGAUUCAGUUUCACAUAACGAUAACUGGAUUAUUAUAUUUUUCUUUAUUUAUGUAUAUUUUACAAUGUUAGGUGUAAUGCCGAUACCUUGGAGUAUAAUUGGUGAAUUAUUUCCAAUGCAUGUCAAAGGUAUAAUGAAUGCAGCCGCCACAUCAAUAGGAUACGUGUUUAUUUUUUGUGUUACCAAAUUGUACCCAAUGUUUGUAUCAAAAUUGGGAAUAAAAAUUGUUUGGACUUUUUAUUCAUGCGCUUGUUUAAUGAUUGUUCUGUAUGGUUGGUUUUUAAUGCCUGAAACAAAAGGAAAAUCACUAGAAGAAAUUUCGACUAGUUUUGAAUCGAAGAAAAAAAAUAGUGUCAUUGAAUAAUUUAUUGAAUUUCUAAAAUAAUUCUUUAUUGGUUUUUAUUUUUUAAUUGACGUUAAUUUAGCUAACUAUGUACAAUUCUGUGUAAAAUACUUUUUAUAUUUCUA